AUGCGGUGGACAACGCAUCUUUUUCCUUUGUUCCUUGGGGCGGUUCUCCCUUCGCAGGCGCAAGAUGAGACGCUCGCACUCACCAAUUCGGCGUUCACUCUUGAGGGAACAUUGACAAGCGGCGGCGGAGUGACGGUGCCCACUGGCGAAUAUCAGACCUAUUCCUCGACCAUUACGCUGUCAGACGACGGGGAUCUCACAUCUGCGACCGUAACCGGCUCCGGCUCUAGCAUGGGUGUCGAAUCUGCAACCGGCAAUGCGUCGUCCAGCUAUACGACCACAUCGGAUUCCGUAACAAUGCUCGUCGGUGGGAUGCACACUACUGUCCUGGGUAAUGCCUCGGCCAGCGCGACCAAUGCGACUGCCAGGCCAACUUCCACACCCGUCGUCAACACCCAGCCUUGCAAUGGCUACCCAGAGUUUUGCGCGAAGAAAUACUCCAACGUCACCAUGGUGGCCGCUCAUAACAGCCCGUUUGUGAAGCCGGGUAACGUGGCUGCCAAUCAAGUGCUGGAUGUGACAACCCAGUUGAACGAUGGCAUUCGGAUGUUGCAAUUCCAAACCCACCUGGUCAACGACACCAUGUAUCUCUGCCACAGCAGCUGCGACCUGCUCAACAUGGGACCCCUUGAGGAUUAUCUCGUUACUGUCACAGAAUGGAUAAAAACGCACCCAUACGACGUGGUAACCAUCCUUAUGGGCAACAGCGACUACGUUUCACCAAGUUACUUCACCAAGCCCGUUGAAAACUCCGGCCUGAAGGAUUUGGUCUAUACGCCCCCCAAGAUCCCCAUGUCGUUGGACGACUGGCCAUCCCUGUCGAGCAUGAUUUUGUCCGGCAAGCGGGCGGUCAUGUUUUUAGACUACCAGGCCAACCAGACCGCGGACCCGUGGCUCAUGGACGAGUUCUCCCAGGUGUGGGAGACUCCAUUCUCGCCUACGGACAGAGAGUUCCCUUGCACUGCCCAACGACCCCCGAAUUUGGUGCCCCAGGAUGCCAGCAACCGUUUGUAUAUAGCCAACCAUAACCUCAACUUGGAGUUCAACUUUGGUUCUCUCAACCUGUUGAUUCCCAACACCGCAUUGUUGAACGAGACCAAUGCUGUUUCUGGAUAUGGCAGUCUUGGUCGUAUGGCGGAUAACUGCACUACAAACUGGAACCGCCCACCAAACUUCCUUUUGGUCGACUACUACAACAUAGGCAACUUCAACGGCUCAGUCUUUGAAGUGGCCGCCGAGAUGAACAACGUAACGUAUAACGGCCAAUGCUGCGGUACGACAUCAGCAGCGUCAAAUCUGGCCGGUCUGAACAUGAUGACCAUGCUCCUCGUUAUUGCAGGAGUCCAGAUGUUCACCCGCUACCUCUGA